GCAUUUGGAACCAACCAGGAGGACUACGCCAGCUACAUCAUGAACAGCAUAAUCCGGUGGGGUGACCCAGUGUCAGCAGCCCUGGAGGACGGGGAGCUGCUGGUGCAGCAGACAAAGAACAGUGACCGCACGCCACUAGUCUCUGUGCUGCUGGAAGGCCCGCCUAACAGCGGGAAAACAGCACUGGCGGCUAAGAUUUCUGAGGAUUCCCAGUUUCCCUUCAUCAAGAUCUGCUCUCCGGACAAGAUGAUCGGACACUCUGAGAUCGCCAAAUGCCAAGCCAUCAAAAAGAUAUUUGAAGAUGCUUACAAAUCCCAGCUGAGCUGUGUGGUUGUGGAUGACAUUGAGCGCUUGUUGGAUUACGUUCCUAUUGGCCCUCGUUUCUCCAACAUGGUGCUACAGGCUCUGCUGGUGCUGCUGAAGAAACCACCUCCAAAGGGUCGUAAGCUGCUCAUCAUUGGCACCACAAGUCGUAAAGACGUCCUUCAGGAAAUGGAGAUGUUGGAUGCUUUCAGCACCACCAUCCACAUUCCCAACAUCUCAAAAGUAGAGCAGCUGAUGGAGGCCUUUGAGCUGCUGGGCAGUUUCAAUGAGAAAGAACGGGCCAUGAUAGCUAAAGCUUUACAGGGCCAACGCUUGGGGAUCGGCAUUAAAAAGUUGCUGAUGCUGAUUGAAAUGGCGGCACAGAUGGAUCCUGACUACAGAGUUAGGAAGUUCGUGAGUCUGCUGCAGGAAGAAGGAGCACUGGUUUCUGAUAAGUUUGUGGCAAUCUAGACUCAGUGGAGCCACGCGGUGAAAUAGAGGCAUCCUUCAACGUUGCAGAGGAUCAGAAGACUGAUAAAGGAUGGCAGGAGGAAGCAAACGAGAUAUAGAUCCCAUCUCUCGACAUCCUUCUCAUCCCUGAAGCUCUGCGUGCUUCUCUGAGCUGCAGACACCAAGCAGGCAGUCGCCUCCUCUGCAGCAUUAUGUGAUAAUGUAAAAUAAGAGAUAUGCACAGUGCUUGUUGUAUCUGGGUGUCUGCUUGUGCUGCAAUCUCUUUGUGAUGCCUCUAGCACUCCAUUGGGAUUUUAUAUAUAUGUAUACAAAAAGAGUCGGGGCAAAGUACAUGUGCACAAACACUAAUUAUGAUAAUGUUUGUUUAUAUAGACUUUAUUUGUAGGAAGAGAUCAUUCCAUGACUUCUUUUCUUAUGUUGCACAUUUCCUUGCCUCUGAUCUUUUUAUUGUAUGAAUAAAAUAAUAUUGCUAACAAAAAAACGUUGUAGUAUCUGUAGUUAAUGUUGUUUUUAAAGGGACGUUAAAAAGGAACUUGUGCUGUGUGUUCCAUUGUUAUAAUGUAGGUUUUCAGUUGCUGUUUAGUUCACAUGCUGUUCAGUGCGUCCAAAAAGCUGUCUGUUUUCCACAGUAGCAUGUAAAAAAUUGCUGCUCCCAAGAAAAACAAAAAAGUUAACUAUUAAAUGUUCUCAUGGCUGUUGAAAUCAUAAGAAUGUCAUAACUAUCACUUAGUGUAAUUACCUCCUAAUUAUGAAAUAUUUGAGAAGAGAUGAACCCAUUCACACAUUUGAGGUUAACCUCCACGGCUUCUGGGUUGAGCAAUGAUUGUAGAGCCUAGCAAGAAAACACUCAGCCAUUUAUGGAGGAGCUACUGCUGCAUGUGUGCACGUUUCUUGAUGCAGUUCUCCAGGAUUGUAGUAAAAAAGCAGCAAAAUGUUGCUUGAGAUAUUAGUAGAAAAUCAAAAUGAUGUUGCUGUAUCAUUUUAUUUUUUUUCUCUUUUUUGUAUUUUCUGCAAGUGAGAUUAAAUUUGAGCUAAAACUUGUGAAUU